AUGUCGUUUAUAGAGGAGAUGAGUGAUGCACCCGUCAGCAUCACAGGGGAGAUGUGGAUGUGCGCUGACAGCGCCGGCCCGUUAAAGAUUGGGGCUGGUCGCGGCCUGAAGAACUUUAUCACCAUAGAGAAGGACUGCUUCUGCGCUUACUCCUCCCGUAGUGAGCAGAGUAAGCAGAUCAAGCAAAUCGCCUUCCGCAGCAUGAAGCGUGUCGCGUGGUUUACGCAUCACCCGAAGCCGUCAUGGCGCGAGCUGGCAGCGAGCACCACCGCCGCCACCCUGCGACGCGGCACCCGCAAGGACCCGUCCACAGCGACGUACUACUAUCUUGUAUUGGAGUUUCUGCGUGACAACACGAUCCCUGGCACCAUGUCGCUGGGCAAGCGCGAGCGCAUCGUGCUCUGCACAGAUGAUCAGCAGGAUUUUUCAAUGUGGCGAAAAUUUGCGGAGCUCUACGAGUGCCCGCCUGUCCACGAAGGGUUUGUGAAGGGCCGCGACAAGAAGGCCCUGAGGGCACAUGCGAAUGCAGACGGUGCGCGAGAUCAUGACGACACCACCUCGAGUGACGACGAUGGCUACGAAAGACCGGGCCUCGGCGGCGGCAGCGCCGUGGCUCGUCGCUCGCUCGACCUGUGGAAGAAUCGAUGUGUGGCGUUGCUUAACGACUUUGCUCACUUGUCUAAUCCGUCCUUGCAGGUCCAAAACGCUGACGUCUUCGACACGCCGGCGGGCUGUGGCGGGCUCGACUGGGACGCUCACGUAGAAUCCGUGCUGCACGCCAUCGAGGAAGACAUGCGUCCUGCGAUGAAGGUGAUACCAGCCAAUUCUACCAGGGGCGCUGCUGCGGGGCCGUCGUCCUUGCUCUCUUCGCCGUCGAUCGCUCCGAGCAGCAUCCAUCCUUGUGCGGUAACAAAGGGAACAAUGGAGAUUGACGUCGACGAGAUGCAGUCGCAGGCAAGCAAUCUACAGGUCGAGCUGGAGCAGUUUCAGGUGUUUGCAGCUGAGGUGGGGGCACUAGUAGAAGGUAGGGAGCUGAAGACGACAAAGAUAUUGCCCGACACACUGCAUGCCUACGUAGAGCGCCUGAGGAAGAUGCCGACGCCAGCAGAGCCAGCCGAUAGCGUCACGAAACAGCAAGUGGACAAGGCGGCGGCCAGCGCCAGUGCAGCGGCCGCCGACCUUGCAAAGCUGGAGAGCGCCUGUGUAAAUGCGGUACGUAGCUUUACGGAGAAAGUGCACACAAGUGCCCUUUCCCUGUCUCAGGAGUGGAACCGCGAAAAAGCAGAACAACAGGAGCAGGCGGCUCUCCCUCAGCGUGUGGAGACAAUCGUUGCUGUUCUUAUCGACGAACUCACCCGCGCCACCGCGGAUGUAUCCUCCCUCAAGGCGUCUCUGGCCGCAAGCAUAGCCCCGACCACGGUCUCUCCGGCGACGAGCGUGCCAGGGGAGCUGAGUGAGCUUCGCAGCUUACUCAACCGAAAAGAAUUGGAGGUGGAAACGCUGCAGCAGCAGCACUUCGACGCGAGUCGCCACAUAAAGCAGCUCUCUCGCAAGCUCGAAGAGCUGGUCUUCGCUUAUAGCGACGUAGCGCAUGACCUGCUGCGGUCACAGUACCGCGAAUACGCGUCUCUGCGGAACUUGUUUCUCAGAGCACUGCGCGGCGAGGUGCCGCUAGACAAUUCGACGGCCGCCGAGGCAUCCUUGGGAGCGAGUGGCUCAUUAGGCGGCAUGAGCGAGAGCCGUUUCUCGGGUCUUUUGUCUGCGUCCUCUAGUGGCGCACAGAAGCUGUUAAUCUCUGCCGCUCAUUUGGAGGCAAUCCAGGCCCUCGAGCAGGAGCGCAUCGCUGCCCGCGAGAGGCAACGCGAGCUGGAGGAAGUGAUGAAGGAGUUGGAGGCGCUAAGGCAGGAACGUGAUGAAGAGAUCGCCAACCUCAAGUGCAACUUUCUCGCUGCUGGGGAGGCGUGGGAGAAGGACGUCGCCGUACUGCAAGCAAAGCUGUCAGCACUGCAAUCUGCCAUCCCGCGAGGGGCACUGCUGCUUCCCGCCUCUUCGCUGGCAGCCAAUACUGCAGUGAAGGCCGGCAUAGCGCAGAAGCUUCAGUCAACGCAGUCGCACACUCCUACCGCGCCUGCAGACGGCCUUGAGAGCACCGAAUCCGUGACGCCGGUGUUCGCCGAGGAUCACACGGCACUUCACAAGCUGACGACGCUUCUCACGGUGGCCCCGAAGGAGACCGGUCUCGAAGCUGCCGUCGUCACCCAGCGACUCCGGGCUUUCUACGAUUGGGCGCUUGAAACUGUCGUACCUCUUUCCACAACUUGCGUGUCCGACGGUUCAGUGCUGGAGAUGAUAACCAAUGUUGUCCACGCCUAUCACGCUCUCUUGCAGCAGACAUCCACAAUCUACACAGCUGCCAAAUCAGGCACGGAUGGCACUCACGUAGAUGUCCUUCAACUUAUGAGAAAUGAGCACGAGCAGUUUAGAAAGCUAUGGGGCAUCCUGGAGGAACACCUGCUCAUUCACGAGGCGGAGAGCUCCGUUCACGACAGCGGCCAUCAGCCGUCGUCGGAACGCGCGGCUCUCUCAUUUUCCUCACUUCCCACCAUGGAUGAGCUCGAUCAACUACCGUUCUUUAUAGAUACGCUGUGCACCAAUGCGGCUCUCUACUCAAAGCUCAAGAUGCGUAGUGGGGGCGUUCCCAUCGCUACAUAUAUUCAAGAUCUUGAGAAAAAGUCCGCGCAUCUGGAACAGCAGCUUCAACAUAAAGAGCAAGAAGAGAAAUCCCUCAGCGAGCUAAUCGCCAAGUUUCACGAUUACAAACAAAACACCUCGCCACUCACCAGCACCACCAACUCCGCGCUUGCUGCGCUGGGCGUCGAGGCGCCGGCGUCGGAGUCUGCCGCGGAGGUGAUUGCGCGUGCGGCCGCCGAUGCCGCGGAGCGCGAGCGUGCACUGCGCGCGGAGGUCGCGGCGGCGGAGGAGCGCGUGGAGGCAGUGCGGCGGCAGCUGGAGGCGGACCGCGACGAGAGACUGCGGGAUGCGCAGGAGCGGCUGGCGGAGACGGCGGCUGCGCGCGAGGAGCUGUCCGACGGCGUUGCCGGCGCGCUUGCUGCGCUGGGCGUCGAGGCGCCGGCGUCGGAGUCUGCCGCGGAGGUGAUUGCGCGUGCGGCCGCCGAUGCCGCGGAGCGCGAGCGUGCACUGCGCGCGGAGGUCGCGGCGGCGGAGGAGCGCGUGGAGGCAGUGCGGCGGCAGCUGGAGGCGGACCGCGACGAGAGACUGCGGGAUGCGCAGGAGCGGCUGGCGGAGACGGCGGCUGCGCGCGAGGAGCUGUCCGACGGCGUUGCCGGCGCGCUUGCUGCGCUGGGCGUCGAGGCGCCGGCGUCGGAGUCUGCCGCGGAGGUGAUUGCGCGUGCGGCCGCCGAUGCCGCGGAGCGCGAGCGUGCACUGCGCGCGGAGGUCGCGGCGGCGGAGGAGCGCGUGGAGGCAGUGCGGCGGCAGCUGGAGGCGGACCGCGACGAGAGACUGCGGGAUGCGCAGGAGCGGCUGGCGGAGACGGCGGCUGCGCGCGAGGAGCUGUCCGACGGCGUUGCCGGCGCGCUUGCUGCGCUGGGCGUCGAGGCGCCGGCGUCGGAGUCUGCCGCGGAGGUGAUUGCGCGUGCGGCCGCCGAUGCCGCGGAGCGCGAGCGUGCACUGCGCGCGGAGGUCGCGGCGGCGGAGGAGCGCGUGGAGGCAGUGCGGCGGCAGCUGGAGGCGGACCGCGACGAGAGACUGCGGGAUGCGCAGGAGCGGCUGGCGGAGACGGCGGCUGCGCGCGAGGAGCUGUCCGACGGCGUUGCCGGCGCGCUUACUGCGCUGGGCGUCGAGGCGCCGGCGUCGGAGUCUGCCGCGGAGGUGAUUGCGCGUGCGGCCGCCGAUGCCGCGGAGCGCGAGCGUGCACUGCGCGCGGAGGUCGCGGCGGCGGAGGAGCGCGUGGAGGCAGUGCGGCGGCAGCUGGAGGCGGACCGCGACGAGAGACUGCGGGAUGCGCAGGAGCGGCUGGCGGAGACGGCGGCUGCGCGCGAGGAGCUGUCCGACGGCAUUGCCGGCGCGCUUGCUGCGCUGGGCGUCGAGGCGCCGGCGUCGGAGUCUGCCGCGGAGGUGAUUGCGCGUGCGGCCGCCGAUGCUGCGGAGCGCGAGCGUGCACUGCGCGCGGAGGUCGCGGCGGCGGAGGAGCGCGUGGAGGCAGUGCGGCGGCAGCUGGAGGCGGACCGCGACGAGAAGCUGCGCGAGUUGUUUAGUAAGUGCCGCAAUUAUGUUUUAGAUAUGGGUUUGAUGGAGGUGGUGGCCGAGGAGGCGGACGCACGUGUUGGGUGUGUGAUAGGUGGUUUGAAUCUCUUGCCGUACGUCGGAACCGUGUUUUUGUGCACCGCAAAGGUUGUGGAGAUGAGCGGAAUGUUGGGUUGUGAUGUUGAGGAGCUCGUUGGACGUGUACGAGGGCUGUUGCUGGAGCUGAACACUUUACGUGGUUCUCUUAGAGGGGCGCAGGAGAAGGAAUUAUGGUACGAGGAUCCUCGGGUUCGUGUUCCGCUAAUAAAGCUUAGUGACUUUGUGCGAAAGCGUGACGAUAGCGAGGACUGUGAUCAUCGGGAUUAUGCCUCUGUUGCGUUUCUCGCAGAGACGCUGAGAAGUAGCUUCGAGACGCUCCAGUGUUUAGAUGCCAACGCAGUGGCGUUGCGAGAAUCAUUAUCGUCAAUGACAGCGUUAGUGAAGGAGUGUGGGGCAGCUUUGAAUGAGAGCGUGGUGACCUUGCAAAUGGCGCUGCCGCGUGCUGCGUUUCUCGACGACGCGUCGCCUUCGCAGUCUCAGCCCACUCUGCCAGUGGAGUGGGGUCUGCGUGUCGCCUGCCGCCGCCUCGCUGCGACGGUUUCUGAAGCCGUACACUGGCAGGGGGAGCUGAUGAACAUUGUAAUGGCCACUUUCCGAAGCCUCGUUGCCUUGAGUGGCGGCACCGGGAUGCACGGGGCCCCUGUGAGCGAUGGUGACACCCCGUCUUUUGUGGAGUACAGUCAGCUUCCCCGACUCGCAGCUCAGGCAUGCUCGGAGGUUUUGCAGUCGCGUCGGUUUACCUCUUUUGCGGAUGAAUUAGCUGAUGUUACGCAGCAACGAAACGAUCUCACCAGCAUGGUCGGUGUUUGCUGCCGAUCGUUGCGUAGUACUAUUUCCGUUACCACCCCAGGCAGAGUUGGCAGUCUUUCGGCGGCGGCAACGUCGCCGACGUGCGAUGAGGCGAGGUGGACUCUUAGAGACAUCACGGAUCUCACGAGUGAUAUCUUGCACCAUUACGCCCAAAGCAUGGAACACACGUUGGCGGUACUAACUCCGCUUGCAAACAUCGCGGCGGACCCAGUCGCCACCUCGUCCUCUUUCGAAAUGCUGGCUGCGGUGACCGAGAAUGUGCGAGUCCGCAUCGAGCAGAUGGAGCGUGGUCAGCUUCAGCACCUACAUGUGCGCAAAUGCGAUGAGGAAGGAAGCGCGCAGGCGAGAGGGUUGAUGCACGACCAGUUGCUCACACUAAGUGAGGUAAGCGAGACUGGGGAGCUCGUGCUCAGAAGCGAGCAAGACGAGCACGCAGCUCCGCUUGCAGAUGUGGCGCUUCAGCAGCAGCGCUGGGAUGCUGUCGCUGAACUGUUCAGCAGGUUCGCCGAGGAUGUUGACGCCACCGUGAGUGCACAACACGGCUCCGAAUCACAGAACGCGGAGAAGGCCGAGUUGCUUCCACUUGUGCGGCAAGCCAUCUCCCUGUCAGCCUCUGCUAAGCCUCAGGAGGCGCUUCAAGGCCGUCUUUCUGACAUUCUGGAUGCUUGUAAGCGUCGCGCUUCUGAGCACCAUUCGACUGAGGCGACAGUAUCUCGAUUGUCACUCCAUCGAGAGGAGUUGCGUGCACCCGUCACGACCAGCGAGCAGAGCCUUGAAAAAAUACAGGCGCCCAUGAAUGAAUGUCACAAGCCGAUUGCGACGAUGGAAGCAGCGCCUGCAGCACUCGGGCAGUCUGCGACCCAAAUGCAGCUCGUCGCCGCUCUUGCACACGCGGAGGCUCUCGACUUUGGCGUGCGAGAAGGUGCUGCGUCUGAGUCCGGUGUAAGAGCCCCGACAGGCGAUGGCGAAAGAGUGGAAGAGAUGUACCUUGUACAUUCGCGCGUGGACGCCAUGCAGGACUGUCUCAACGAUGCCGAGGAGCGCGGUUCAUCUCAAGUCAUGGAUGCCGGUGGGUUGUUUGAGGCGGCGGGGCAAGCGCGGUCUCUCGAGGACUUGAUGCACGUCGUCGCCUCUUACAGCCUCGAGUACCAGACGAAAUCCCUGGAGUCCAAGGAGUCGCGUCUCCGCAGCGAGAUUGUGCAGGAUUGGGCGGUGAAGGUGGUUCCGUUGGCAGCCGAGCUGCGAGUGCUACGUGCCAUCGUGGAAGGGGUGGACCGUCCACUGCCGGGCACCGCUCUUACCGAUCUCUCCGCGCAUGGGUCAAGUGUGUGUCGUGAACUUACAGAGGCAGAGCGCUUGCUUGGGGCUGCCGUGUCGGCCCCUUGCACCGAGGAAGCUACCUGCGAGGCGCUUCUCGGGGCGACGGACCAGGCCUGCCACCUUCUUCUUGGCGCACCACCAGAGAGGGCGUUAGGUACUGGAACGCCACACGGAGUGGCAUCAUCUGCGGCAAGGUGCCCCACUGUCACGGCAGCAGACGCGGUAUCCACGACUGAUGUGGGCUGUCGCACAGCACCCAACAAGCUUUCAGACGCUGUGUAUGCUAUGAUAGAGGAACGAGGUGACCGCACUGCUGCUAAUGGUACUCUAUUCACAGGCGAGGAGUGGUAUUGCUCCGUGGCGCGGGUGACGCAGACCCUUUGUAGUGCCUUGUCUUCCGCCGGGGUCGUUGUUUCAGUUCCUGGUGACCACAGCUUAAUGGCGGGUCAUCCUUACUGCGCUUCGCCGGAAUCCCAGGCGUCAAUCUUGGACUCCCUUGAAUCCGCUGCCGAGCAUGUUUCGAAAUACACGACGGAUACCACUCGACUCUUUGAGGACUUGCGCGAGUCUUUGCAGGAUUCCCUAUCGAGCACCGAGUCUUGCCUACCAACUCUUGUCGCGGCAGUGGUGGAGGAAGUGUCAAGUCUUCGUGCGGCGUCUCAGUUGGCUGCCGAGGCGCAACAGCACCGCCACCACGAGCUCGAGGCUCUCAGAACACUGCUGCAGGAAGCAUCCGCUGUCUUCCCGGACACCUCGCCUUUUCUUUCGACGCAGUCGCCUAACUUUAUGGAGAAAUGCAUGGCGUACGCGGAGGAGUGCGCGAGGCUGACGGCGCUGGAGAGCGAGCUGAGCAGCGCUCUGUGCGCCAAUGUGGCGCAGAGGUUGUCGUGGGAGGAUGCGUCCUUGUCGCUAGGAGAUCUGGUGGCUGAAUUGCAGCGGGAUCGGGUGGAGCUGCGAGAGGUGGCGGUUCCACAACUGCAGGGGCUGGUGUGCGCUCUGAGCGUCGAAGUGCUGGUCGCAGAAGAACGCGCCGCGCGUGCGAUAAUGGUUGGUGAGGAAGCCACGAGUCGUCUAGAUGCGGUGUGCAAUCCGCAGCUCCGAGAACUGGGCUUCCUGGUGGAGAAGGUGCUCGCACGGGCAGCUAAGGCCGAGGCGCAAUGCGCGCAAAAGACAGCCCAGCACUGCUCCCUCCUCACAGCGCACGAGUCAUUGGUUACCACGGCGUCGGGUUUGGUGUCUGUGCAGGAGGACUGUCGUAGAGUGCUCCUCGAGAGCGAAGGUGACGCGUCAUGCGCUGCUGUGCCGACGUGCUUUCCACCAGAGACGUUGCAUAUCUUGGAGCAGGAGGCAGUACUCGUCCCUCGUCUUGUGCAGGCGCACGGGCGCUUGACGGCAACGUGUGCUGCACUGCGCAGUGACUUGGACUCUGCGAAAGCGGCUUAUGAGCAGGCGCUUUCGGACGGACGGGCGGACCUCGAUAUAGCGCGAGGCAGGUCGACAGAGGUGGAAGCCCAGCUUGAGCAUGUUCUUGACGCUAUUGAGGCUCUUGGCUCCCUUCUUUGCCCCAAUGAAGAAGUCUCACUGAGGGAUGCCUCCUGUUUGCCGUGCCUCUUGGAGGCAUCAAGGCAGCUUGCUCGUACUGCUGCCGAAGACGCCGCGGCCCGGUGCCGCUUGGAGAAGGACGUUUGUGACGCUGCCGCCGCGUUUGCAGAGCUGCAGAGGCAGUGCGCCGCUGCUGCGGGUAAUGUCGAAGCGCUGCAGGAGACGGUCCGACGCUAUGAGCGUAAGGAGACGGACGAGAUAGCGACACUGAAAGCUUCCGCGGAGGCCGCGGCGGAGGCGUACGCUGGCAUUGUGACGGCAUUGUGCUUAUCCGCCGAAUUGGUCCCCUCGGCCGGGUCAGCUGCCGCGGCUGUAAGUGAAGAGCAGUGGGUAGCUGUGGUGGAGGCGGUACAGGCAACAGUUGAGGAGGGCUGGCGCCAGACGAGCGACGCGGCGGAGGUCCGUGGGGAGAUGACAAUCCUGCAGUCCCGCAUGGUUGAAGUCAAGGCGGCGGUGCUGGGGGCGGAGGCCCGAGAGGGCAACCUGCUGCAGCGCCUCAACGCCCUAAUGAUGUCCUCAGGGCCGCUGAAGGAAGCUGUGACGGCGGUGAUGGCCUCGCACGAGUGCCGCCUUGAAUCACUGGAAGAUGUGCCGCUUGCCAUGCACGCUGCCGUGCAGCUUGUAGAGCGUCAGCAAGGCAACAUUAAUCAGCUGAUUGCCUGCUGCAGAGAUCUGCGCAGCGAUGUCGAAAGUCUCAACGGCAGGUUGUGUGGUGCAGUGGGGGAAUGCGACAUGGCAAGGGAGUCCUUGGCCUCGCUGGAAGAAACCCAUGGCAUGCUGCAGCGACGUAUGGCCCAGCUAGAGCGACACGUCCGCGAUACCAUUUCGACUGUGGACCGCCGAGCAGCAGCCGUACUGGGCGAGGCAGAGUCGCGGCGACUCGACAAAGAUACGCCGGCAGAUUGCUUGGAUGGAAUUGCGUACCUCGCUGAUGCACUCGCCUGCAGAGCGGAGGAGUGCGAUGCUGCCAAGGCGCAGCUGAUUGCCUGGAAGACUGAGGCGCGCGACCGCGAGGAGGCGAAGGUGCGGGCCACCACAACACUGUCGACCCUGUGGCAGGCGUUUCGCAGAGCUCUCCUUCCUCAGUUGGUAGACGAAUCCGAAGACCCCGGCGACUGUGGCGAGGCUGCAGUUACUUCAGCUGACGGCGUUGAGUUCUUCGCAAGCGAAGCGGAGGUUAGGCGGGCGGCUCAGAUGAUUGUCGACACCGCCGAGCGACUGCGGCGCACACGCGGUGAUCUGCAAGCUGUUUACUCGACCCUACGCGACCACUUUGGAGGUGAUGCCGCUACUGCUGUCAAUGGCGUGACCACCACGCCACACGCGCCGGCGCGUGCGCUUAACAAAAGUGGCGUCACAUCGCUGCGCUUCGACGACACCGUGACGGCGACGCUUCAUCUCGUCAACACCGUCGUGAAUGCCAAGUGUACCUCCGUGAAGGACUUCAUCGAUCACGUCGUCUCCGAUGUGCUGCGAGACACAUCGGUGAGUGCGCGAGUUUCGUUUGCGGCUCUUCGCUCCGGCGCCUUCGCGGAGUGGCUUCACGGUUUGUUGACUAGUCUGCGAACAUUGCGAGAAAGCAGCGAUCAGCACCGUGAUCGGGCUCGCCGCCUGCCCGCCUUCAUGGACGCCUUGGUGGAGGCUAUCCACAGCCACGGUGGGCGGGUGGACGUGACGUCCUCUGACGCUACCGGCGCUCUCACCAUUGCGGACGCAAGAAUGCCGUACCGUCACGACCCAACCACGACGCUCGAGGACUGGCAGGCACGGGAGCAGAGAGCAAUCGUUCACGGCCUGCAGGCACUACUGAACCAGCAAGAGGAACGUGUUCGCGCCCUCACAGCUGAAUGGCAAUACGUGACGACGCAGUACCACCAACUGUCUCAGGAGCAGGUCGCUGCAGAGGAGACGAUUGUGGAGCUGCGCCGCCGUGUGCAGUUCAAGGUGCAAGAGGAUUACAAGCUGGAGGAGAGUCUUCGCGAGCUUGACAGCCACCUCGAUCAACAGGCGCGCGAGCUUUCCAUGAGGUACUUCGCUGAUCAGGACGCCAUUGUGCGACGCUUCACGCUGCUAAGAAAUCAGAUUCACGCAGCAAUGCGUCUGCCAACGCGGCGGUCGGCGUCUGCCAUGCCGCCACGCACACCAGGUCGCGACACCUCGACCCCGCGAAGCUAG